UGCAACUACGUGCUAUCAACUUUAUAACAUAUGAGGCGAAUGAUUGCCCUUUACGUAGUGACAUGAUUGUAGAUUUGUGUAUACUAUCUAAUCCUCCGCAAUAAUAAUGGCAACAUCUACAGAAUUGAAGCCUUUUGGCUCGCGGACACCAUUCGCAGAGCCCUUGUGGUACUCCCGAAAUCUAACCCCGCAUUAUAACGAGUCCCACCGCAAACUAAGAGCUGCGAUAAGAGCGUACGUCGACGAUGAGCUUAUCCCUUACGCCUUUGAAUGGGAGACUGCAGGGCAAGUGCCAGACUGGGCCUUUAAGCGACACACCGAGCUGGGAUUUAGUGCCUUGCACACAAAACUUGACAACGUGCGGCUUCCAGGCGAUAUUCCGUUCAAGGAUUGGGAUAACUGGCAUACUUUGAUUAUUACCGAUGAGCUAGCACGAGUGGGAUACACUGGAGUCUUAUGGGGGCUUGGUGGUGGUACCGGCAUUGGAGUUCCUCCGAUUGUGAACUUUGGAACCCAGGAUCAGAAGGACCGCUUUUUGCCUGGAGUGGCCGACGGUAGUAUUCGCUUUUGCUUGGGUAUUACGGAGCCAGAUGCUGGAUCCGACGUGGCCAACAUCAAGACGACUGCCAUCCGUCAAGGCGACCACUACAUUGUUAAUGGCUCGAAGAAGUGGAUUACCAACGGCAUUUGGGCGGAUUAUGUCACAGCUGCUGUCCGCACAGGUGGCCCUGGCUCAAAGGGAAUUUCAGUGCUCGUAAUUCCCAUGAAAGUUGAGGGUGUCACCACUCGCAAAAUGUUCAACUCUGGAGUAGGUGCAUCUGGAUCUACAUUCAUAGAAUUCGACAAUGUGAAGGUUCCCGUGUCAAACUUACUCCACAAGGAAGGCCGAGGGUUCGAGGUUAUCAUGUCGAAUUUCAACCCGGAGCGAAAGGGUAUGAUUACAUCUGCGUUACGCAUGUCGAGGGUGUGCUGCGAGGAUGCAUACAGGCAUGCCUGCACGCGCGAGACAUUUGGCAAGAAGCUGAUUGAAAACCCUAUUAUUCGAGCCAAAUUCCUGAAGAUGGGAAGGUUAAUCGAGCCUGCCUUUGCUUUCCUGGAACAGCUAACUUGGAUGAUGGAGGAGAGUCGGAAGACCGGGAGGACCGAUAUCAGGAUUGGCGGUAUGACAGCCAUGGGGAAAGUAAUGGCAACGAGGUGCUUGGAGUCGUGCGUUAGAGAAGCGCAACAGGUUAUGGGCGGAUUGGGAUACUCCAAGGGCGGCAAGGGUGGGAGGAUUGAGGCAAUCUCGAGAGACGUGAGAGUUAUGGCAGUUGGUGGUGGAAGCGAAGAAAUUCUCAGUGAGCUGGCGCUGAGGGAAGAGGCAAAGGAUCUUUUCCUGUACCAUAAAACAAAGCUAUGAUUGCAUUAUAAGUACUGGGCAUAUAUAGCGA